CAAUACAAAUAGAAAGUAAAAAGCAAAUAACAAAACAUGAAAAGGCAAACAUUGCCAAUAUGAAAGGAAAGCAAUCUAAUUUAACUAAACUACAAAAAAAGAUAAAAAAAUAAGACAGGACAAGGCAGGGGAUUGAUAACCUGCGGCUGCAACGAGAACAAAAACACCACACAACAACAUCAUCCAAACUAGCAGCACACACGGGGAAAGUGUAACGCUCUCCAUUGCAGCAACCAAUCUGUUUCUCUUUGUCAACGAAACGCACACAACAAGGGUCAAAGGUAAUAGGUCUAACCUCAUGGCAGAAUAAAAGCAGAACAAAUAGCAUAAGCCAAAAGGAAAGAAAGAAGGGCCAUGUUACUGCCUCAACAAGGACCACAACUCAUUAGCUCUUGAACAACCAGUUUUAGCGAGAUAGUCAGCAAGAGGGUUGGAUUCUCUGUAGAUGUGAGAGAUCCCAAGACAAUCCACUUCCACACAAAGGAGGGAAUAUUAUUUUCGCCUAGAGCGACAAUGGCGAAUAAGGAUUUAGAUCCUCUUGAGCGCAAGUGCAGCCCUCUUCGGCGCGAGUGCGCCAAGGAUCACAGAACCCUCCCAAUCUUCCAAUGCUCCAGUGCGAGCAACCCAGUGCUAGACUCUCAGGAUGAAGAAAAGAGAAGAGAUUUUGCUUUAAAUGGAGAUCCUCCAGCUUGUCCCAUAAACGAAGUGCCUUUCAAUUCUCAGGUUUCUGCUACUGAUAGAAACAUGCUAAUGGGUGACAAUGUAGUUCAAAUUUUACUGGCUCCUACUGAAAGACAUGCUACAAAAUAUAGUAAUGAUCAAUAUAAUGAUGAGAAGCAGGUGAAUUUGACAAUCCAUGAAAUUAAGAAAGGUAAAAUGCCAAUGUAUUGUUACAAGGAAGCCGGAGCAAAAGUUGAUGAAGGACGACCAGUCACUGAAAAUCUCCAGUUAGGAGGAAAAAGCAACAAAAAUAAAGUCACUCAAGGAAGCACCUCACCUUCUAAAGAGGUUGAUGUUGCUGUUGUUGCUCAUGAUUCUGGGUCAAAAAGGAAGAGCUUAGAUUAUUACAACAAAGCACUUUUGAGAUUGAUUCACCCGCUGCCAAAAGUAGAAGUCCAAGUUGAGAGCAUAGUGGACGUACCGGAUGAUGGUUAUCGAUGGCGUAAGUCUGGACAGAGGCCUAGUAAGGGAAAUCUAAUGCCUAGGAGAUACUUCAUGUGCACCACUGCUGGAUGUCCUGUUAGGAAAACAGUUGAAAGGAAUCUACACAAUUUGAAAAAUGUGAUUACUACUUAUAAAGGAAGACAUAAUCAUGAGGUGCCCUUGGAAAAACACAAAGACUGCUCAAUUAAUGUUGAUGAUUUUCACAAAGCUGCUAAUUCUCUAAGGACUGUUGCAAUGUCUGGGAAUGCCAAUAUUCGAGGGCCUGAAGCAAAUCAGGAAGACGAAAAUGAUUUUCUGAGGCUCACUUUGGGUCAAAAUUUCAAUAAUGAUCAUGUGAAUGUUAGAUCUUCCUCCACAAACCAUAUUCCAGGGCCUGAAGCAAAUCAAGAAGACGACAAUGAUUUUUUGAGGCUCACUUUAGGUCAAAAUUUCAAUAUUGAUCAUGUGAAUGUUAGAUCUUCCUCGACAAACCAAAUCCCAUCUAUCAACUUGGAGAAAGAUGGCGAUGAUAUAUAAUGCAUUGGGGUCUGUGUACAAGUGCAUAUCAUGAAACUGCUUCAAUCACUACUCCACCACCUUCAGAAUUAUAAUCGUUCAUUUAUCAACUCGGCGUGCAAAUUUAUCAUUGUUAGUUUUUAUCUGAACAUUCUAGCGGUUUUCAUUUAAUAGUUUAUUUAAGGAGUUUUGUCCCAUUGGUUAUUACAGUUACAAAAUAUUAUGGCUGAAAUUACAAACUA